GGGGGGGAAAGGAGGGGACGGAGAAGAUAAAACGGGAAGAAAAGUGAGGGUGAGAGGUGCUAGAUGGAGCAGAGAAGCAACAAGGAAGCAGUGGAGGAAAGAGGCAGACAAAGGGCUGAUGCAAGCUCUGCCCCAGGUGCGCAGCCCCGCAGCCAGGAACGCGGGGCUGGGGCGCUCAACAGGCUCCGGGCAGCGGCACAUGGCAGGAGUCGCGCUGUCCUCCAGCCCGGUGCCGGGAAGGGGCUCGCUGGGGCCGCCGGGGCGGUUCGACCCUCGCCCGCCGCCCCGAGGGCCGGCAGCUCCGCCGCCUCCUUUGUGUGCGCGGGGGGAGCGGCGGCGGUGCCCCCGCCGGGCUGUCAGCGCUGCCCGCCAGGAGGCGGGGAAGGGAAGGGAGGAGGAGAAGGGAAGGCGCGGGCAGGGCGGCUCUCCCGUCCCCGCCGCAAGGUAAACCCAGCUUCCCCGGCGGAGUGAGGCGCCGGGAGCGCCGCGGCCCCUUCCGCGACCCGCCGAACGGCUUUGCCCAGCCCCUCGGCGCGGCGAGCAGCUCUGCGGUGCCGGAGCCCCGCUCCCCGUAGGCGCAGGAGGAAACCGAGCGCGGGCUGCGGCGGCGGCUGGGAGCUGCGCGGCUCCGGCACUUGGCCAUGGGCUGGCAGCAGCCGGACGGCAGCGGGAGCCGAUGCGGGGCUCGCAGCUAAAGGGGUGAGGAAGAGGGACCAUGGCAGCAUCCAGCAACUCCAGUUUGUCCGGCUCGUCGGUUUCCUCCGAUGCUGAAGAAUACCAGCCUCCAAUAUGGAAAUCAUAUUUGUAUCAGUUACAACAAGAGGCACCACGUCCCAAGAGAAUCAUCUGUCCUCGGGAGGUGGAGAACAGACCAAAGUAUUAUGGAAGAGAGUUCCAUGGGAUCAUUUCUCGGGAGCAAGCAGAUGAGAUACUUGCUGGUGUAGAAGGAGCGUACAUCCUAAGAGAAAGCCAGAGGCAACCCGGCUGCUACACACUUGCUCUCAGAUUUGGCAAUCAGACCUUAAACUACAGGUUGUUCUAUGAUGGGAAGCACUUCGUUGGGGAGAAAAGAUUUGAAUCAAUCCAUGAUCUAGUAACAGAUGGCUUGAUAACAUUGUAUAUAGAAACAAAGGCUUCUGAGUAUAUUUCCAAAAUGACAACAAAUCCCAUCUACGAACACAUUGGAUACGCCACUUUGCUUAGAGAGAAGGUCUCCCGGAGGCUGAGCAGAACAAAAAAUGAAUCAAGAAAAGCAAGUGUAACAAGUGAAGAAAAUACCCCGGUUGAGAAGGUAGGUAAAAUUUUGGCAAUUGAUACCAGACAUUCUGUUAAGUCUUAAGAAAAAAAGCGUUUUGUCUAAAGACUUUUUUAAUAUGUGUUCCCGUAUUUCAUCAAAUAUUGCCAUCCUGCUAAAAUGUUUGUGUCCUAUUAACGCGCUCUUUGCUCCAAACUAAUAUUUGUUUGGAGUUUAUAAUGAAAGCUUUCUAACAAGUACCAAAUCCAAAUAUUUUCAUGGUGUUAGUAUAUAUAUAUGUGCACUGAUUAGCUGCAUCUAGAAUUACUCACAAGUUAUGUUUCUUUGUCCAUGUAUACUCAAGCAUAUUCCACAGUAGGUCUCUGAUUAUGAAACCGGUUCCCAUCUGCCAUUCACCAUAGCUCAAGUUUGUUCUUUCCAUUCACAGUGCAAAGCUCCUCUCUUCUGCCAAGGCCUUGGUGGAUGGGUCUUACAUUGGGGUGUUGUGUGGUUUCCUUUUCCUCUUCUCACUUUUCUCAUUUGAAUGGACUUUUCUUGAUCUCCUCCUCGCAUGUGCUCAUAUCCCUUAGCAUUGUAAGGACUUGGGGUUAUAAACAUAAUAGUAAGUUGAGAAUCUUGUGCAGUUAGCAGUCAGCUGAAGAUGUAAAAUUAGAAUUCUUUUACAUAUGAGAAGCAGUCUUGUACAUAGUGACAUGUGGAUAUUUUCAUUUCCCAGGUGGGAAGGCAGUAAGAACUGCCAAACAAAACUUUUUUGAGGCAGAUGUUAGUGGUGAAUCGAUUUACUGACAUAUGUAAGCAUAGUUCUGCUGAUGACUGAUGCUCUUAAUGCUCAUUGUGCUGGCUAGCUAACUGGGAAAUAGAGGUGGCUUAUAUUUGGGAAGCAAGGGGUGAAUUUGCUGUUAUAUAUCAAUGUUGAGCAUGAAUGAAGAUCUGCUUUUUUAUGUGUAUCUUCAUUACUCCAGGACAUUUCUAGGAUAGUUAUUAUCUGUUGGGUUCACGUAUCAGCACUGA